GGAAUCUAAAUUUCCUAAUUCAUAAAACUAUCAAUAAAAUUUUGUUAUUUGUUUUUAUGGGCCAAAUUAAAUUAAGAAGUAUUUGUUUUCCGUCAAUAAUUUUCGAAUUUCGCGGUGAUUGCAAGUUACACCACGAAAACAUCCGCAACUGCUGUUUUUUCGGACAUAUGUGGAAUCAGUAUUGUUCUUACGGCCGAACUAGAGAGUACUCUCGCUCGAUAAAUUAUUAUUAAUAUUUACUACGACAAUCAGAAAAUACGAUCCAUUGCUGUGAUCCAUAGCUACACGACUCCGAACAUCCAGGAAUCAAGAAAAUAACGAGCAUUCAUUCCUACGUUGACAUUGGUCCUUCGUUGCCGGGUUGUUUCCUUCAGAAAAAUUCAUUCAUAAUUUAAUUUGGCCAAAAUUUACCUUUUUUCAUUUAUUUUUUGCGACAUACGUCUCUUGUGAAAAUCAUUUCAUUUCACGGGCAGACCGGUUCAAGGUCAGGGUCACAGCGCGCAUGGUGCAUUUUCAUCUUUGUUUACAACGGGAAUUAUAAAACGAAUGUUUUCAAUUUGUCUUCAUCUUUUAUAAUAUCUCUUCAUUCAAACAGUGGAUGCUAUUUUGAUGACAAAUUCAAUAUUUUCAAUUAUUCAGUUCAACAUUUUGUUGCGGUCGCUGUAUUUUGCCUUCGGGAGCUGUUUGAAGUGUAUUAUUUACAUACUUUUCAACUUAUCUUUACUUCCUUUCGAAUAUUAUUACUUGCUUUUGAUAUCAAUCGUAAUUACUGGGUAACAAUUUUCGAAUAUCAUUCAUUAUUGACCCAUAUUUACUGCAAUUCAUCACGUACUUACACCAGAUUUCAUUUACUAUUGUACAUUUUGAAAAUUUGUAGAUCAUAUUGUAUUAUUCAACUGUCGACCAUAUCUUCUGAAGUAAACGCUAGUUUUCCUUUUCCACACAUUUAUUAAUACACGUUUCAUAAAUCUAGCAAUCGAUUUACAUUGUUCAGUUUUUUAUUACCUCGGAUAUUUAUUAUAUCAGAUUAUUAUAUUAUAUUGAUUCAUAAUGUCCAGCAAAUUAACUAGAGCUAAUUUACUGCGCCAAACAGCCUAUUCGCGUUUAAAGGAAGCUCAAGAAAUAGGCAUUCAGGCAUCAACAAAUGAAUCUUAUAAAUCGCAGUUUUUAGCCAGAGCUGAUGAAAUAGAAGGCGCUUAUGAGGAUUUUCGAUCAUCACACAAUACAAUCAUUGGUUUAAUUUCAGAUGAAGAAUUUUCAGAGUACGAUAAACUCAGAAUCGCGGCUGAUCAGGCAUAUUACUACGUGAAAUCAAUUAAACAUGAUUUGUUAUUGAAAAAUUCUGCGGGAACCUCUUCAAACACUUCAUCAAAAACUAGUUUACAACCUUGCAAGCCUUCAGCCAGAAUUCCCAAGCUUUCUAUUCCAACAUUUUCAGGCAAUUUUCGAGAUUGGCCUAGCUUUUUCGACUUAUUCAAGAGCAUCAUUCAUGAAAAUACUGAUUUGUCUGAUGUUGAAAAGUUUCGUUAUCUUUUAACAUCCCUUAGUCACGAACCUUUAGCACUUAUUAAAGGCAUUCCUCUCAUUGAUGCAAAUUAUAAAAUUGCAUACGAAAUUUUAGAGAAAAGAUACCAAAAUAAAAGAAUACUUGCCAGUCAGUAUUAUAAUGAUAUUUUCAAUGCCCAACCAGUACAGAAACCGACAUCUGUGAAAUUAAGACAUCUUUUAAAUAUAUUUACGGAAAAUGUUGCCGCUUUACGUGUUCUCGAUUUCCCUGUCGAUCAUUGGGAUUUCUUAUUAUUUAAUAUGCUUAUGAACAAAUUAGAUGUUAAAACACGUACUGACUUCGAGUUAGAAAAUAGUGUAAAUCAUGAGAUUCCUACUUAUCGACAGUUGGUUACCUUUUUAGAGAGACAAUGUACAGCUUUGGAAUCUGUACAAUUCACUACUUCCAAUUUGCAAUAUGCAAACAGUGGGAUCCCUCAGCGGGUUUCCCGAGCCCCUAGUAGAGGGCCUGUGGCUAGCUUCGUUGCUUCCGAGUCCCAGCCUGGUCCAUCUGGCCAAAGCACUAAGUGUUUUUUAUGUUCGUCUUCUCAUCCCUUAUACAAAUGUCAAUCAUUUCUAGCCAAAACUCCCCAAGAACGUUUUUCUUUGGUCAAACAACAUAAUCUAUGCGUUAAUUGUUUGAUUUCUCCUCAUUCUGUCAGAAAUUGUAGUUCUAGUCAUAAAUGUAGAAUUUGCAAAUUACCACAUCAUACUACUCUGCAUUUCGAUAAAUCAUCAAAAGGUUCAAGUCCUUCACUUCAGCCAUCCAAUCAGAGUGAACCCGUCAACUCGGUGGGGGAAACUCAAUCUAUUGUUCCAACAUCUCUCGUCAGUACAAACUCUUCUACGGCUUCAACAUUAACAACGAUUUUAUUAUCUACUUGUGUGAUACAUGUUAAGGAUUUCAACGGAAAUUUCCAGAAAAUUCGCAUACUUUUGGAUACAGGGUCUAUGGCAAACUUUAUUUCCGACACUUGUGUUAGACGUUUGGGACUUCCUCGAAGAAGGAUAUCAAUACCUGUGGAAGGGCUAAAUGGGAUGACAUCAUCCACCACUCAGGGUACAACUUCUUGCCUUAUCAAGCCCUGUGAUCAGUCUGGUCCAACUUUCUCUCUUGAAGCCAUUAUCAUACCCAAGGUUUGUUCGAACCAACCCAAAUUUCAUAUUAAUCCUCGAGAUUUGACUCAUAUUCAUGGGCUCAAAUUAGCGGACCCUAAAUUUUAUCAACCAGGUCCUAUAGAUAUGCUUAUAGGAGCUGAGUUAGUUCCUUUCCUUUUGAGGUCCAAACGAAUUUUUGGUGGACCCAAUCAACCGGUAGCCUUGGAGACCAUCUAUGGAUACGUUCUUCAAGGACGAACCUCUACAUCUCCUCAAAAAUGCCAUUUGACAUCUCUUCAUUCGUCUGUGGAUUUAAAUGUGGAUCAUAUUUUGCGAAGGUUUUGGGAGGUCGAAAAUGUCCCUCAACCUCCUUGUGUAUCACCUGAGGAUGAAAUUUGCGAGAAAAUUUAUUCUUCCUUGACUUUUCGGGAGCCUACAGGCAGAUUCUCAGUUCCUCUUCCUUUCCGAAUACAGAAUCCGUCUUUCUGUGAUACCUACACUCAGGCCUAUAGAAGAUUUUGUAUGCUUGAAAAUCGAUUCCUGAAAAAUCCAAACCUCAAAGGAAAAUACGUGGAAUUCAUGACAGAUUAUAUCAACAGAGAGCAUAUGAGUCCAGUCCCAACAUCAGAAUUUAAAUCCCCUACUUCAUACUAUAUUUCACAUCAUGCAAUUUUCAAAGAACAAAUUGAAAAUUCUUCCGUUAUUUACAAAAUUCGAGUAGUAUUCGACGCCAGUUUACGUGACGUUCAAGGUGUUUCUCUGAAUGAUACUCUGUAUACUGGACCCAAGCUUCAAAAAGAUAUAUCUUGUCUCCUACUUAAUUUUCGCUACUUUCGUUACUGCUUUACUUGCGAUAUCAAACAAAUGUACCGCCAAAUCAAUGUAAAUAAAGAGUUUUGGCAAUUUCAGAAAAUAAUUUGGCGAUCUGAUCCUUCUGAGCCUUUAAGGGAAUAUUAUUUACGAACAGUCACUUACGGUGUUUCGUGUUCACCGUAUCUUGCUUUGAAAACGUUACAGGAGUUAGCCAAGUCCGAAAAGGCACGCUUUCCCAAAGCAGCCAAAGCCUUAGAAGAGAAUUUUUAUAUUGAUGACGGGCUCCUCGGUAGCGAUUCCGUCGAAGAUACUCGCGCUCUUCAAUUGGAGCUCAUUAAUCUUUUAAGAGAAGGUGGUUUCGAACUGGGCAAAUGGGCCGGUAAUCAUCCCAGUCUUAUUCAAGAUUUUGGGUCCGAUGUGUUGACCGACUGCACAUUCGAUAAAGAUGAACCUUCUUUCAUCAAAGUCCUAGGUCUUAAAUGGAAUCCCAAGGCGGAUGUAUUUUCAUAUUCAUACUAUCCUCUCAACAAAACCUGUAGCAAACGGUCGAUUCUUUCCGAGGUUAGUAGAAUAUUUGACCCUUUGGGUUUCGUUUCUCCAUGCUUGCUGCUUGCAAAGCAGCUUCUCCAAAAGUUGUGGCAAUCCCACGUAUCUUGGGACGAAGAGCUUCCUGAACACAUACAGCGAGUGUGGCAACAAUUCAAGGUAGAACUACCCGGUCUCGGUAAUAUAAAGAUACCACGAUACUUUGGCUUCGAUAGGACUUCUGAAGUACAAAUUCACGGUUUUUGUGAUGCGUCCGAAAUUGGCUAUGCCAGUGUGGUAUAUCUCAGGUUCUGGAAUUCCAAUAGUUUUAAAACCACCCUUGUUUGCGCCAAAUGUAGAGUAUCUCCUCUGAAAACUCAAUCAAUCGCAAGAUUGGAACUCCUAGCAGCUCUUUUACUUGCUAAUCUCAUAGCAUUCGUGAUAGAAAGUUUCAAAGGCAUAUUCACUUUCAAUGACAUAUAUGUCUGGUCAGAUUCCAUGAUUGUUCUCACUUGGGUUACUUCGUCUCCGCAUAGAUGGAAAACAUUUAUUGCCAAUCGCGUGAGACAUAUCCAAGAAAUAAUCUCCAUUUCAUCUUGGCAUCAUGUGCCUUCCCAUCUGAACCCGGCAGAUUGUGCAAGUCGUGGUUUAUCACCGGCGCAACUUUCGCAGUUUUCCCUGUGGUGGGAUGGUCCAGAAUUUUUGUUGAAAUCUGAAGAGCAUUGGCCUACUCAGAAUAACUUUCAUUCUUCAAAUGGUGUUGAAAUUCCGGAAGAAAGAGCGCCCACUGUUUUGUUGUCGAAACUCAUUACCACGGAAAAUGUUAUUCUCUGUUUGCUUUCAAGAUUCUCAUCUCUUCCAAAAAUACAGAGAAUAACAGCAUAUAUUUUGCGCUUUGUAUCAAACGGAUUGAAAAGGAAUGAUAUCUCAAUGUUUAACCUUUCUAUUAGUCCUCAAGAAAGUGAUAAUGCGCUAAAGUAUCUCAUUAGGGUGGUUCAGAAUGAUGUUUUCGCCGAAAUUAGGCUGAAGAUUAAACAAAAUGAGGUUUUACCAAAACCAAUACGCAAGCUUGCUCCAUUCAUUGAUCAAUAUGGUCUUUUAAGAGUUGGGGGACGAUUGCAAAAAUCACCAUUUUCGUUCGACGUUAAGCAUCCUUUACUUUUACCUAAAGUCCAUAGACUCACGGAUCUAAUUAUUGAAUGGACUCAUCAAACUUCUUUACACCCGGGCUUAAAGACAAUGCAGUAUUUAUUACUUCAACGCUUCUGGAUUCUUUCCCCUAGAAGUGCGAUUUACAGAUGUUUGUCAAAAUGCAUUCGUUGUUUUCGAUGCAAACCCAAAUCCUAUAAUCCAUUCAUGGGAAAUUUACCGAGUGUAAGAGUAACUCCCUUACGCGCUUUCACCUCAGUUUGUCUCGACUUUGCCGGACCUUUUCCCUUACUGAUGAGUAAGACUAGAGGUGCAAAAACGUACAAGGGCUACGUUUGUGUUUUCGUGUGUUGUAGCACAAGAGCCAUUCAUUUCGAGGUAACUUCCGACCUCAGUUCCGAUACAUUUUUGGCGGCAUUUAGGAGAUUCAUAUCUCGACGCGGACAAUGUUUGUCAAUUAGAAGUGAUCAAGGCACCAAUUUUAAAGGAGCUUAUAAUGAAAUGAUCAACCUAGCUCAAGUCACUGCUGAAACCCUCUCAAUUACUUGGGAUUUCAACCCACCAAGCGCACCACACUUUAACGGCUUAGCUGAAGCUGCGGUAAAAUCUUUCAAAACCCACUUUUAUAAGGUCAUCGGUACCCAAGUUUUGAGUUAUGAAGAAUUUUACACCCUUAUGACUCAGAUAGAGGCUGUGUUGAAUUCUCGCCCUCUUUGUGCGGUUAGCACAGACCCAAAUGACCUCCAAGCUCUAACCCCAGGUCAUUUUUUGGUUUUUGAGCCACUGGUCAGCUCCAUUCCAAAUCCUGACCUGAGCUCUUUAAAUAUAAAUCGACUAAAUCGUUGGCAGUUAAUCCAACGCAUUCAAGGCGAUUUUUGGAAAAGGUGGUCCAGAGAAUAUAUUCAUUCGCUCCAAGAAAGAUCAAAAUGGUCUACAUCCAACCCCUCACUUAAUGAAAAUUCGUUGGUUCUGAUAAAAGACGACCAACAACCUCCUCUUCGUUGGCCUUUGGCCCGAAUCAUGAAAUUACAUCAUGGUGAUGAUGGUGUUGCACGGGUUGUUACACUGAAAACAGCGUCCGGCGGCACUAUGCAGCGUCCAGUGGUCAAAGUAUGUCCACUGCCUGUUCAUUAAUCUGGACAUUCCUUUAUUUCUGAAAAAUUAGUUAUUUUUCAUUAUUUAUUUCGUGAUUGUAUUCAUUUUUCGUUGAAUUUGGGAUAAAAACAUUCGUUUUUGGUGGGGGAGAAUGUUUGGGAAUCUAAAUUUCCUAAUUCAUAAAACUAUCAAUAAAAUUUUGUUAUUUGUUUUUAUGGGCCAAAUUAAAUUAAGAAGUAUUUGUUUUCCGUCAAUAAUUUUCGAAUUUCGCGGUGAUUGCAAGUUACACCACGAAAACAUCCGCAACUGCUGUUUUUUCGGACAUAUGUGGAAUCAGUAUUGUUCUUACGGCCGAACUAGAGAGUACUCUCGCUCGAUAAAUUAUUAUUAAUAUUUACUACGACAAUCAGAAAAUACGAUCCAUUGCUGUGAUCCAUAGCUACACGACUCCGAACAUCCAGGAAUCAAGAAAAUAACGAGGUAAGCAGUUGCCCUAUUUUUUUUCUCUUCGAGGUGUACUUGCUCGUAUAUUGUUUCAUAAUUAUUCUCUUUCUUUUUUUUUAACCAGCAUUCAUUCCUACG